AUUAGGUGGCCAGCGCAGCGAACUAAUUUCGGAAGCAUCUAGCACAGUUUAGAAGUAUCUAACAAGAGAUUCCAGCUUCAUAAAUUACGACGUGUUAAGGAAUCUGACGUCAUUCAUUCAGUUCGUGUCGUGCAAUCCGGAGUGUGUUGGAGUUAACCUGCCAAGAAGGAGGAAUUGUGAAAUUAGAGGAAGAACAGCAGCAUAAUGGAAUUUCCGCAUUUGGGUAAACAUUGUUCGGAGCAGUAUUGCCGCAAGCUCGAUUUCCUGCCGAUGAAAUGCGACGCUUGUGGGGAGAUUUUCUGUUCGGAGCACUUCAGCUACCAAACACAUUCCUGCCAUUCGGCGCACAAGAAGGACGUCCAGGUUCCGAUCUGUCCGCUGUGCGGCGAUCCGGUUCCCACCGCCCGGGAUGUUUCCCCGGACGUGACCGUCGGAGCCCACAUUGACCAAUUUUGCAAAUCGGAGAAGAAAAAGAUCUACACCAACCGGUGUUCGUACAAGAACUGCAAAAGGAAAGAACUGGUGCCAUUCUCGUGUGGAGUUUGCAAACGGAACUACUGCCUCAAGCACCGUCACACGUUGGAUCACGAAUGUUCCGGUGCUAGUGGCGGCGGCGUUCCGCCACGGAGUCUGGCUGCCCAAGCUGCUGUGCAGCGUCAGCAGCAGCAGCAUCAAAGUUCCCGCAGCGUGCCACAGCAGUCACGAACCAAUGCUAGUCAACUGGCCACGGCCGUUCAGGGUGAUAUGUCCGAGGACGAGGCCCUGGCCCGGGCACUGGCCCUGUCCAUGCAGGAGGAAGAAGACGAACGAGCUCGUGCCGCUCGGGAUGCAAACGGUAGCAACGGAAGGAAUCCGGCGCGCAGUGGCAUAUCGGUCGGUGGCAAUGGGGCCAAGGACAAGUGCAAUCUAUCGUGAUUGCGAUCCCAACGCCAGCCAACCGGCGUGUCACGUAAGAUGCUUUGGUGAACGACAAUCGGUGGAAGCUUUUCAAGAAGGAAUUUCCUUAUGAUACGUAGGAUAGUCAAACACGUCGUAUUUUAUCUCGCUUUACUCACUAUCAGUGCAGAUUAUAUCAAUGUUUAAAAUAGUUUAUGAUAAAUUGAAA